AUGGCGGGGCGGGGGCGGGGCGUCCUGCAGCCCUCCCGGCCCGCGGAGGAGAGCGCGAGGCAGGCGGGGGCCGGAGUCCGCGGACGGACGGAGGGAAGGAAGGAAGGAGGGCCGGCCGGCCAACGAGCCCCGCCAGCCGCGUCGCAUCCGCGGGGACUGCUCUCUGCCCGGUGAGUGCCUGGGGGUGAAUGGAGGCGGCGAGAGCGCCUCUGAGCGCGUGCAGAGCGCCCGGAGAGGGAGGGCGGCGGGGCUUCCUCGCGAGGAAGCGGAUCGGGACGCCGCGGGUUCCGAGUCGGGGAAAGCGGGGUGGCCCCCAUCCGAGACCGGGUCUAGAGGCAGCUCGCGGAUCCGCCUUUCCCCCCCAGUCUACUUUUGCCUUCGCGGGUCGACUGCCCCCCCCCCCGGACCUGCAGGUCGCGCUUCUGCCCGGAGCCGGGACCGCGUCUCGAAGUGCGUUCACACGGCACUUUGGACGCGCGUCAUUGCCCCGCUUCCCAGGCGCUCCGGACCGACGGGCGUGCCCAGAAUUCUCCGAGGCGGGAAGGUGCUGCCAAGGUAUCGUGUGAACGCAGCCCUUUAUGGACCCCGUCUCCACGAAGCUUUCCUGCUUCUCCCACUAAACGGCUCUCCAUCAGUGAUGCAGUUUUUGGCUGAGGCCACUCUUAGUUGUUUUUUUUUUGGGGGGGGGCUCUCUCCCUUAACGUGCAAAGCUCUGCCCCUCCACGCCUGGCCCUUUUGACUUUGCUCCUGAAAGGGAGGGCGCUGGCAACCGGCCCUCCCGGGAUCCUUACCUGUCAAUUUUCACCCGGCUCUGCACAGGUGAAUUCUGAACUUCUUCUUCUGGACUAGGGGGGGGGGCUUCAGGAAUGUAGGAAUCCCCCUAGGAAUCCCAAGUCAGGAAAGGUACCCACCUGCUCCAUCAGCUCACCUGGCAGUGGUCCCAGGAGGAAGAGGUCUGUCUGUGGGUCCGAUCCUUUGGGAGCAAAAGCGCUGCAAAACCUGAGGAUCCUAGGGAUCUGGCUGGGCAAAGCAAAUCUGGGGGCACUGCCAGUGCGCUAUGAUGGCGCCCAAUCCCUUCCAAAGAGAGGGGGAAAUAGCAGGGUACGUCAAAUAGUCUUGCACUGUGGGGUGGGGGCGUGGCAAUAUUCCACUUGGAAUUGACAGACAGGGAUGUGCUGGCCCUUGCUUAGCGUGUAAAAGGUCCCGAGUUCAGUUUCUGAUACGUCCCAUUAAACCUCUACAAAAUCUAUGGCAGCCUUCCUCAACCUUGGCCCUCCAGAUGUUUUGAGACUACAAUUCCCAUCAUCCCUGACCACUGGUCCUGCUAGCUAAGGAUCAUGGGAGUUGUAGGCCAAAAACAUCUGGAGGGCCGAGGUUGAGGAAGCCUGAUCUAUGGCUUCCUCAACCUCUUCAUUAGGCCAGCCAAAAUGUAGAAAUUUGUUUUAUGCUUUCGUCUCAUGGGCCAGCCUGGCUCCCUUUGCAUUUCCCUACAUUGGACUGAGCAUUUGGGAAGCAGAUGUCCAUCAGAAGAUACCCAGUUUCCCCAGCCUGGUACUCUCCAGAUGUUUCGGACUACAACUCCCAUCAGCAGGUGUGGGAUUUGUAGUACCUCAGCAUCGGGGAGCCAAAGGGUCCCCCACACCUGCAGAAGGUAGGAUCAUGGAAGUCUGGGUUUGUGUCACGCAGGUGUGAGGCCCCCAUUCAAUUUCCUGGGGGAAGUCCUGGAAAGUUGGAGAAGUUUGGGAUAAAGAUGUGUCAACAGAUUUAGUUCUCUAUAAGGCAGUCAUAUCUGUAAAAACGGGUGGUGUUGUGAUCGAUCUCACAAAGCUGUUGUGAGGGCAAAACAUCACCCAAAUUUCCAAGGCGUUUUGCACUCCGAAGUUUUGCAACAGCAGUGAGGAACCUCUCUCGGAAAUUGCUGGCUGGGGCUCCGGGAUUGCAAAUACCGAGAAUAAUUCUGGGUGUUGUUCAAGGCAGGUCCUUGCCCCGUAUUCCUCAGCCAUGAGUAACCAAAGCCAAGCCUAGUGUACAAAAAAUGGGCUAGACCUUCUAAAUACAAGCAAAAUAAAGUGCUAAAAUUAUACAUGUGUGUAUCUCGAGGGUGAUGCAAAUAACCCUCAUUUGCAUAGGGUCUCCCCCCCCCCCGGGAAUUAUCCAAUUCAGAAUUUCCUGGGAAACCCCCCCGUCUCUGGUCUCGGUACCUGCAGAGGAACAGACUAAUGUCGGAGAGCAUGUUGCGGCUCUGCUUGGGGAGUUUCCUGCCUGGUUAAGGCACUGCCUGCUGGUGUUGUUGCUGCACUUUUGUGCAGAAGGACUUCAGCCAGGCUCUUUUCCUUACUAUCAUUUUGCAACGGCUCCAGGGGAUUUUCCAGCCUUCCAUUGUUUUGGGUGCCAAAACAGCACCCCCCCCAUCCCUGAGCAGGCAUCUCCACCCACAACCAUGCAAGUAAGACCGAAACAACUGCUAGUUCAGGAAACAUUUUCCCAUUCAACUUCCACAUGCGCAGGCUUCAAAAAACGAUUUUCACGCUUCGGUUUCAAAGCCUAACAAGCCACAGCUGUUUUUUCUGGGAUUGUCUUUGUGGAGGUUGGGAACUAAGACUAGGGAGGGUCUUGGUCCUACUAACUCUUGUUUCUGGGUUGAGGUUGAGAUGUUCUGGCGUCCGAGACCACACAGUGAGUUUUGCUCCAGAGCCGGACUUCGGAAACAGCUUUCCCUAGUCCUGAGGUCUGUUCCCUUGGACCACAGGAACUGCUUGUACCCUUUGGACAGCAACAAUUGUCUCUUGCGGUAAAGAGCCUCACUUGCUGCCCCUGGCUCCAGGGGGAUUAUGGGAUGGAGGCGAGAAGACUGUGGAUCUUGGCCAGCCUGCUCCUCCAACCUUGCCUGCUCUGUAGCAAACACCCAGCUGGGCUCGGAUAACGUAAUCCAGAAAAUGCCCAAAUCUUUCUUGGAAACUUUGUAACUGGUGCAGGGCCUCUGGCUUCAGCGAGCUGGUGGCGGGUGUGUUUGUCAGGCUAAGUUUGGGCCUGGAAUGAGAGUUUUAUUUUAAUGGAGAGGGAGGAAUGUUUUCCAGAGUGACGGAAUCGUUUCUCCAGGCCCAGAUUCCCCUGCUCUGCCUUGCAAACUUGGCCCACCUCCUCCUGUUGGAGGAGAUGGAAGGAGGAAGGCCAUAGAAAUGUAAGGAAAACCCUGGAUCAGGCGCAUCUAGCCCAGCAGCUGGACAUGAGAGAGGUCCUACUCUAAUGCUUAAAUCCGCCAGAAACUGCUAUUUCAGAGGCACACUGUCGCUGUGGCUGGACAUAUUGCUUAACCAUCACAGUUAGUAGCCACUGGAAGUCUUUUCCUCCUCUUCCGUAAGUUUGUCUAAUCUCCCUUUGCAGCCAUCCAAGUUGGAUUAUUAUUUCUUGUAUGUAUUAGGAGGGAGAAAAAUGUUUCUCUUUCCACUUUCCCCCACUGUGCAUAAUUUUGUGCCCCUCCAUCAUGCUUCUCCUUUAGUUUCCUCUUUCCUAAGCUAAAACACUCGCAGCUUUGUCACGUUCCCUUGUGAGAGUUGUUGUUGUUGUGUGACUCUUGCGUUUCUCCAGGGGUUGGGCUGGAUGAUCCUUGGGGGUCCCUGUCCCAGCCCCCUGAUUACCUGGCUCCUGCUUUUCUGCUCCCUUUGGCAUCCCUUUUGAAACUGCCCUCCAAGGCCACUAUGGGAGUUGUUUGGUCUGAAGCCGUCUCUUCUGGAGGCUUCUAAGCUUCCCCCUUUCAAGAGAGGCAGGCAAACUGCUCACUUAAGGCAGCAUCUUCCUGGGUUGAGAGGAGGAUGCGAGAGGGAGGCCCUGUGAUUUCCAUUUGGGUUGGGGUGUGUGUGUGUGGCUGGGUUCCUUUAAGGUCACAGGCGCUGCAAUGAUCCCUCGAGACACGAAAUGAGGUGGAAGAUUCUGUUGCAGUGGCAGCCCUGGGGCUGGAGCAAAGUGUCGGCCGCUCCAAAAAGCAGACUCAGCCGCUCAGAAGGGAUUCGGCCACCAAAGAUGUGCGGGAUCUCCUCUUCGCGGUGAGCCUGGAGACGUGCUUCUGCUUAUGUAACUGAGGCUGGUGUGCGGUUCUUGUGGACCGAGGCUUCAGGGCACUCAGAUGAGAGUGGGGGGCCCCCCUCUGUGCUCUGUCCCUGGUGGGGACCAGGGUGAGCUGAGCCCAUGACAUUGCUCCACAGUGUCCCCAAAAGGGAAAAUGGGUAGCAUGCCCAUGGAAUGUUUAAUAUGCCUUUCCAAUGCGUAGCAAGAGCCUCGUGAGCAGCCUGCCUCCAUCUGGGGCUGCCCCAUUUUGGCAAGGAUGUUGUUAGACUACAACUCCCAUCAUCCCUGAGGGCAUUGGCCACACUGACCGGAGCAGGGAGUCUCAAAGCCCCUGGAGGGCAAUAAUAAUAAUAAUAAUAAUAAUAAUAAUAAUAAUAAUAAAUAAUAAUUUAUUUGUAGCCUGCCCAUCUGGCUGGGUUUCCCCAGCCAUUCUGGGCAGCUUUCAACAAAGACCAAAAAUACACUAAAAUGUCACACAUUAAAAACUUCCCUGAACAGGGCUGCCUUCAGAUGUCUUCUAAAAGUUUGGUAGUUAUUUUUCUCUUUGACAUCUAGUGGGAGGGCGUUCCACAGGGUGGGUGCCACUACCGAGAAGGCCCUCUGCCUGGUUCCCUGUAGUUUUGCUUCUCUCAAUGAGGGAACCCCCAGAAGGCCCUCGGUGCUGGACCUCAGUGUCCGGGCAGAACGAUGGGGGUGGAGACACUCCUUCAGGUAUACUGGGCCGAGGCCGUUUAGGGCUUUCAAGGUCAGCACCAACACUUUGAAUUGUGCUCGGAAACGUACUGGGAGCAAAUGUAGGUCUUUCAAGAUCGGUGUUAUGUGGUCUCGGCGGCCGCUCCCAGUCCCCAGUCUAGCUGCCGCAUUCUGGAUUAGUUGUAGUUUCCAGUUCACCUUCAAAGGUAGCCCCACGUAGAGCGCAUGGCAGUAGUCCAAGCGGGAGAUAACAAGGCCCUCCUGGCAGGGACAUUCUGCUCUGCUAACUGGAUUCAGGGCGCACCUGCAUUUGCUCAGAAGCCACCCUUUGUUUUUAAUUCACUGUUGGAUGCUUAGCCGACAACGCUCAGCUCCAUGGAGAUGGUCGUAACUUCUUGGAAGUUCGCGAUUCCUCAGCUGUUUUGCAAGUUCCUUUGAAACAGAGACGUUCCUGUUCAGUGCCUUGCCUUUGCCGAAAGGAGAGUUUUGUCUGGCGGCAGUGAGGCUUGUGUUUCCCACUCUCCUUCCCAGUGUGAUGAUUCUGUUAAAUCCCAGGAGCUCCCGGCUGGUGGGUUUCCUGGGUGCCAGUUUUCCAGCUGGCGGGAGGCUGGGAAGGGAGGUAGGCAUGGGGUUCAGCGCCUGGCAGAAUCUGACCCUGGCUAUCUGAAGGAGAACAAAGGCUGCGCUGUCCCUGGCGAAUGAAUGGCCUCCUCUGAGUAGCCGGGGGUGAUAUUUCCUAGGAGAUGGCUUUGUGCUCUCAGCUAUCUGGCAGUUCUGGCCUCACUGUGCCAGCUGAGGCCCUGGCUGCCUUGACGUGAGCAGCAACUCAGCAUCUAGCCCCUUAAAAAGAGGCCGCAACAGCAGCAAGGAGACACCCCCCCAAGUUACUCCCAUGGGUGUUUCAAUUGCAUAAUUCAGUUGGCAUUUUUGAGGUUUGAUGGAUCCAGGUGUUUGGGGAAAGAGGAAAGGCGAGCUUCCAGUUUGUCUGUCCACUGGGAGCCACUGGGCAGUGGGGAGGCAAGAGUGUGGAAGCAAUCAGGGGGUGAAGCUCCUACGCCCGUCCUGACUCGAACUCAGGGCUCUCUUGGGGUUUCAGGCAUUCAUCCAAUGCUGCCCAGAGGCUCUAAGCAUUUCCUCCUCAACCAUGAGAUAUUAUUAUUAUUAUUAUUAUUAUUAAUACCCCACCCAUCUGGCUGGGUUGCCCCAGCCACUGUGAGCAGCUUCCAGCACAUAUAAAAACCAUAACAUUUCUCUAAGGUAGUCUCUCUUAAAGUUUUUAUGUGUUUAUAUUUCUAUCACACUUUUAAACUUAAAAUCCAUUGUUGUAUAUUGUUUUAAAUGUUUGUUUUGCUAUUGGGAUUGUAGUUCCAUUUGUGUUUCUCAAGCUGGUCUCUGACCGUAAUAAAUUUCAUGUUUCAUGUUUCAUGACAUCAGUCAUUGAAAACUUCCCAAUACAGGGCUGCCUUCAGAUGUCUUCUGAAAGUUGCGUUGUUCUUUAUCUCCUUGACAUCUGAUGGGAGGGCGUUCCGCAGGGAUUUGCCCAAGGCAAGAAAGUCAGCAUGCUGCAAAUGGCCCACAUUUUGGCCUUGUGUGAAUCGUUGAGAAGGGAGAUGUUGUGGAGAAAGGGCAGCAGGAUCCCAGAGCCGCCUCUGCGCAAGUGGGUGGCUCCUGGGGGCCACAGGAGGAAGUAGAGGGCCGCACUAUGGCUUAAAUGUGGCGGGAGACAAAGAGGGUUGAGGGAGACUGCUUAGAGCAGUGUUUCUCAACCUGUGGGUCCCCAGAUGUUGUUGGACUACAACUCCCAUCAUUCCUAGCAGUGGUCAGGGAUGAUGGGAGUUGUAGUCCAAGAACAUCUGGGGACCCACAGGUUGAGAACCGCUGGCUUAGAAGGGGUGGUGGGGUUUUCAAGGGGGGAAGCAAGGAAGACGUGCAUCUGAAGGGUGCGUGUUUGGGGCAGGGAGGCGGCAGGCGUGUGAGAUCUCAGAGGGGCAGGCGAGAGUGUGCAAUGGGGACACAAGCCAUUCUGGGUUCUGUGUGAGACUCAGGAGGUGAGAUUUUUGUCAAAUGCAGCUUCUUUGACAUGGUGUGGGAAAACCUGCGCCUGCUCCUGGGAUCGGUGUUGGUGUGGAAGAAGCUCUAUCCUUUCCUAAUGAUUCCAUGGGCCUUUUCUGUUCUUGCAGGGAUGCACUUUCACCCCAGAAGACUGGUGAGGGCACAGAAGCAGCCGUGACCUCCUUUGGCCCCUGCUUUCUGCCUCAGGGGCUUCGUCUCGAGCACCACCAUCAAACAGGACCUUUGGAGUUCGGGACAGCGUCCGCAGAAUCCGCCCAACAGGGAGAGCGACUUGCCACCGUUUUGCAGGAUGACCUCGGCAGAUUCAAAGCCAGCCUCGUCGCGCAAAGAGGAGCGGCAUGUGGCGCGUUGAUAGUGCUCGCUUAGAAAGUGGGGCUGCGGUUUUUCCACCGGGGGCGAAGCCAUGUGGGCCUCUGGCAGCACAGCCCUGGGGUAGCAAGGAGCGUUUCAUGGUUCAAGGGAGGGAGAAGGAGAGAAGCAGAAGCGACGGCGCAGGCCCGUCUUCGGAGAGAGCCUGUCGGCCACAUAGGCAGCGGCAAGGCCUGCCUCUCUUAGCUGUGCCCUGACUGCCACCUCUGCACCCCGGGGACCCAGGAUGGGGGCAGGCCUCUCCACCGGGGCAGUCGUCGCUAUUGUCUUCAACUGCGUCAUCGCUUUCCUCAUCCUCAUCCUCUUCCUGAUCCUCUGCAAGGCCUGCCGGACGCCAUCUUGCCCCGACCAGAGCCCUUCUUCUGAGACGGACGACAGGGGGAACGAGGAGAAGUACCUGCUGCAUCCAUGACCCUGUCUGUCCAGCAAAAGCCCCCGGAACGGGGAUUUCAGCCUCCCCUGUCUAGAACCCAGUUCGGUCCAAAGGUCCUGAGAGAACUGUGGCCUCAUCGCCGGGCAGCUUAGGGACACGGGACGCUGGCCACGAUGAGGGCAGGGGUCUUUGGGCCAUGGAGGAAGGAGCCCCUCGCGGGAGCCCGGAGGAGGCUAAGUGGCGUUCGCAGCUGAGGCGCAGCAGGCGGACGAACAAGCUGGGCUUGGUUCCGCCAUUUUAUUCAGAAUUGCCUUGCGGGGCACUUGCCUGCGCCAAACUCGGAGGCUAGCCCUGUCAAGAUGGCGGCCGGCGUGGCAGCACAAAGGCAGCUUUGCCCGGGAUCUUCCGGAACGUUCUGCCCCGCCAGCCAGGUUUCAGUAAAACCUUGGUUGGUUCAGGGUCCCCUUGAGGGAGAUUCCUGUUUUCCUCUUGUGGAGGGGCCUCCCCUCCGUCUCUUCGGGGGCCUCAAGGCAGCCCAGCGGCGGAAGGGGAGCAACCGAGCCAUGUUCACAGAUCAGUGCCUUUUUGGAAGCCGUCUCCCGCGGGCCGCUGGGCACAGACAAAGCGUGAGGGUGUGGGGGGCAGUGUGGAAGUGCACCCCCUUCUCCGAUGGAUGAGCUGGGCUCCCUCUUUCCAGCAGCUGGUGUCGAAACCUGAGGGGGCAGACAAACUUGCUGGGCGCUUGCAGGCUUUGGCCAACUGGGGUACCGUUGGGCGAGAGUCUGGUUCUGGGUCAAGUAGUUUCUUUCCUGCCCACUCUCCAGAGCUUGGCCCCCCCACCCACCAUCUCAGUGAUGGAAGUAGGGAUCUAGGCCCCAAGGGAGACAGGUUGGGCUUAUGACAGGUGUGCAGGGUUUGGGUAAAGGCUGGUACCACAGAUGGCAGCACUGGUAGAAGUGGAGGAAAGGGGCUGGGUUGAGAGCGUGAGGUGGAUCGUGAUGAAGUGCCUCUUGGGAACUGAGCCGCCUGCUCCCAUGGCCACAGGAUGAGAGCUUGGAUGAUCCAGAAACUUUGGGGAUCUGGUCAGGCAGACAGUGUUCUGUUGCACGCCCUCCUGCGUUCGCCCAUCUUUGUGGCCGAGUCUCGGGGUCUGUGAGGGCGCCUGCCUCCUCCUCCUCCUCCUCCUCCUGGGGGUCUCAGCCUUUCUCCCCCGUCCCACCUCAGUCACCUUCUCUAAGUGAAGCAAUUUCCCAGCAGUCUUGCCCCAAGAGGCAGGAGCAAGGCAGGCGAACUAAGCAGAGUGUGUGUCGGGCCAGAACUGGGGUGGGCCUGGCACCCCAAAGCGGAGCCGUUGCAAUAAAGAAGGGGAAAGUGGGAGUUUUGGUGCGUGGUUCAGCAGGAUUCCCAGGGAGUGUAUGUUUGUAUGGUGGGGGUCUCUGGAGGUCUCUCCGCUUCCUUGUGUUGCUAAGAGGCAGAGAGCUGCUUGUUCCCUUCUCAUGCUAAUGACUCUCCACUGGGCUUAACAUGUCCUUUCCUGACUGUGAUUUUACUGGAAUAAUGAUAAUAAAAAAAACUUGCCUAGUUUCUAGCAGACAGAAAAC